UUUGCUUGUUCUGUUCUGUUCUCUGUUCUCCUCCUGGCUAAAAUACAGGAGGAAGGAGCAAUCGGCACAAAUUGUUUGGACACGGCCCACAGCCCACACAGGCAGAGCCCUCUGUGAUUGGUCUAAACCAUGAUAAGCACUCUGCACUCUUACCUAACCUUGUAAGCCAGACUCCAGUUGUGAGACAACAUGGCGACUACAGGGAAGGUAAGCACUCUGACUUCUCCUCGCUUGCAGUUAAAUGAACUUCUUCAAACGUUUGACUGCGUUCAAGCUGUUUAUGGAGCACAUGGAAUGUUUACAGUACUGCAGGAGGAUAUAUCAAGGUGAUCAAAUGCAGAGCUGCAGUAGCAUGGGAGGCUGGGAAACCUCUAGUGAUGGAGGAAGUGGAGGUGGCACCUCCCAAAGCUGGGGAAGUUCGCCUUAAGAUUGUGGCCACAGGGAUCUGUCACACUGACUCCUACACACUGAGUGGCUCUGACCCUGAGGGAGUUUUCCCGGUAGUGCUGGGUCACGAGGGUGCCGGCAUCGUGGAGAGCGUUGGAGAGGGGGUCACCAAGUUCCAGCCAGGGGACACAGUCAUACCCUUAUAUAUCCCACAAUGUGGAGAAUGCAAAUUCUGCAGGAAUCCAAAAACCAACUUGUGUCAAAAGAUCAGGCUCACUCAGGGGAAAGGCUUGAUGCCAGAUGGGACGACCCGUUUAUCCUGCAAAGGCAAGAGCCUCUUUCACUUCAUGGGAUGUAGCACAUUCUCUGAGUACACUGUGGUAGCUGAGAUCUCCCUGGCCAAAGUGGACCAUAGAGCCCCUCUGGACAAGGUGUGUCUGCUGGGCUGUGGCAUCACCACUGGUUAUGGAGCUGCAAUCAACACUGCCAAGGUAGAGGCCGGCUCAAGCUGUGCUGUGUUUGGCUUGGGAGCGCUGGGCCUUGCAGCAAUCAUGGGCUGUAAGGCAGCAGGGGCAGCCAGGAUUAUUGGAGUCGACCUCAACCCCGGCAAGUUUAAAACUGCUCAAGAGUUUGGUGCUACAGAUGUGGUGAACCCAAAGGACCACAGCAAACCAAUCCAAGAGGUCCUGGUAGACAUGACAGAUGGGGGUGUGGACUACUCUUUUGAAUGUGUGGGCAAUGUGGCAAUCAUGAGGGCAGCCCUGGAGGCUUGCCAUAAAGGAUGGGGCACCAGCGUCAUUAUUGGGGUGGCAGCAGCUGGACAAGAGAUUUCCACCCGGCCCUUCCAGCUGGUGACUGGACGCACCUGGAAAGGCACAGCUUUUGGAGGAUACAAGAGUGUUGACAGCGUUCCAAAACUGGUGGAUGAGUACAUGAAAAAGAAGCUCAAAGUGGAUGAAUUUGUGACUCACACUUUACCCUUUGAGAAUAUCACUGAUGGGUUUGACCUUAUGCAUGCUGGGAAAUGCAUUCGCGUCGUCCUGCAGUUCUAGAGGCAGAGGAGCACAGAAAACCAUGACUUCACUCCAUGUUUACCCUGCUCAGUUUAAUAAAUAAUCUUUCAAUUCCCUG